AAUGAACCAAAAUAAAUUGAGCGAACAUUUACUUUCUAUUGCAAUAUAAUUUCGAUAGCCAAAAAUUUCUGCGGAGUAUUUUUUGUUCCAUCAUACUAAUUUUCCAGAACGGAUGGAAUGGACUGCAUCCUGCAAACGCCAUGUUGGGUUUUAUCUGCUAUGCUCUGCCAACAGCAUCAACGAGAAGAUGAAGAUGGUGCAAAACUGGAAAUACAUACGUUCUCUGUCUAAUCAGGUAGCUUCUUCUCAUUCUAAAAAACAAUACAACACCUCAUCUCAACAGAUACACGAACAUAAACAGGCGGAACAAGUCACUCGUCGCAAGAGGGGCAGAUUUAAUGUUAUGCUCUUCACUAAGUCCAUUAAUGCCCUCUGUAAAUCAGGCAACACAAACAAGGCCUGGGAUGAUUUACAUUCAGCCCGAACUAAAGGCUUUCGUCUCACUGUUGUAACCUUCACCGUGCUUUUGAAUGGUCUUGCGAAUGAAGGUGACCUCCGGAGAAUCAACCUUCUUCUUGAUGAAAUGAAAGAAAUGAAAAUACAUCCAAAUGUUAUCACUUAUAGCACCGUCAUAAAGGCAUUGUGUAAGCGGGAUCAAAUUGAGGAAGCGCGUGAAAUGUUGCACACAAUGAGGCAGGCUCAUUGCUUUCCUAACAUCAUUACAUAUGCCACUUUGAUAGACGGAGCCAGCAAGAUGGGCAAGAUAAAUGAAGCUCUUGUUUUAGUAGCUGAAAUGAUACAAGAUGGCCUUUCUCCUGAUAACUUUAUAUACAGUACCCUGAUAAAUUGUCUGUGCAAGGUGGGUAGGGAAGAUGAAGUUCUCAGAUUAGUAGCUAGAAUGCGAUAUGGCACAUGCUCUCCAAAUAUUGUUACAUAUAGCGCCCUGAUUGAUGGUCUCUGCAAAGUAGAAAGAUUAGCCGAAGCUCUAGGAAUAGUAGCUAAAAUGAUAAAAGAUGGCUAUUUUCCUGAUAUUUACACUUAUACUAGCCUGAUAGAUGGAUUUUGCAAGGCUGGAAAAACAGAGGAAGGCUAUAAUCUGUUUGCACAAAUGAAGAAGUUAGGCCUUUUACCCAAUGAAAUAACAUUUAGUGCAGUUAUCGGUGGACUGUGCAAAGAUGGCAAUAUGGAUAUGGCUUUGGAAUAUUUUAAGUUUUCCAACCAGUUGUGAUUGCUUUAGUUCUUUGAUAUGCAGUAUAUGUGAAUCAGUAAACGUGGAAAAGGCUUAAAGUUGUUUAAAGAGAUAAUUAAAAAAGGCUGCUUCCCACAUGUUGUGACUUACAACACUCUGAUUGUUGGUUUAUGUGAGAGUAACGGGGAAAGGGAACCAUUUACACUUAUUCCUGAGAGGGAAAAUGGGGUCUGUCUUCCCGAUGUAGUGGUAUAUACUAUUCUCAUAUGUGCAUUUUGUACAACAAGAGGCAUUAACAUGACAGGACAACUGUUAGAGAAAAUGGCAAUGAGGGAUUUGAAAUCUGAUGAAGUGACAUACAACACAGUCGUUGGUGGUCUGUGCAAAGCAGGAGAUCUUUCCAGAGCACUUUCACCGAUCAAAAAGAUGCUAAUUGAAGACUUGACUUCUGAUGCCGUCACCUGUAACUGUCUGAUGUACACCCACUCCAAAAUUGGAUGAAGAUAGAACUACUUAUGAUAACAGCAGGAAAUUGUAGGCUCAUUGCAGAUGUAAACAAGAGCAAGAGCAUGCCAGACAUAUUCAAUUUGUUUGUAAGUCACAAAUCUGGCCUUGGUAAUCUGCUCAUCCAACAAUUUCCCUAUUUCUUCUGGUUUACCUAUGCAUAGUUGUUUCUUCCAACUUGUUGUCUCUUCCACUUCAUCUCUUAAUGGUAUUGAUACAGGUCUGCAAAAUUGUUUAUUGAAGAUACGUCAACUUGUUCAUAUGUCCUCAAGUAGUUGAUGCCUAGUUUUGCAUCUCCCUUCAAGUAGUGAAAACUUAUCUUGUGCAAGUAUUCCAAUUGUUUUCUGAGAUAUAGUGGGAUAUUAAAUAGGUAUGGUAUGCUUUAUAAUUUUAUUUUGUAGUUAAAAAUGGAAUAAGAUAAACAUCCACUAGGCACACCAUGAUCUAGAUCAAUAUUUUCAGGGAACUCGAAUCAUAUUGGUGUUCGCUGUGGGAAUAGGAACUGUAGCUACUUGUUAGUUGGCUAGUGUCAACCCCAUCAGGUCUUUUUCUUUACAUCUUUAUUGGAGAAAAGUGAAUGGAAGCAUCGAGGAAUUGAUUGUGUAGAAGUCUAUGUAUGAGACUGUAGAAAUGUGGGAACUGAUCUCUGUUGGGAUCCAUGGAUAAUGGACAAGUUCUUGACUUUCCUUAUAUCAAUACUCCUAUUAGUAUAUCCCUGUAUUUCAUUCUACAGCCUUCAUCCCUGAAUGAAUUCAGUUUUAUGAGUAAGGAUUUAAGGGAAACUUUGUGGUUCUACUCAAUCUGCAUGGCAAGAUUGUUUCCUUGCAAGGACACUCCCACCCAUGGAACCCUAUAUAAAUUUGAAAUCCUCAAAUGGCUUCCCUGCACAUACUCCAUAAUAGUUCUGGGCAGGGAAAAUCUAUGUACAUUUUUGAGGCACAUGAGUAUUUUUAGGAUUGGGGAGUAUAAUUUCUUCAUAUGAUAAUGUUGUGAAUCUCUCAAGAUUGGGGAGUAUAAAUUCUUCAGAUGAUAAUGUUGUGAUUGGCUAUAUUCUAUUACAAGCUUGGGAAAGAGGUACUAGUAACAUACAUUUCUUGGAUGCGUAAUUACACUGAAGGUGUUCCUUAUAUGAAGUUGUGCAAGCUAACUUGUUAGAUCAACGGCUGAACUUCGUUGAAAAGAGAUGCAAGACGAUUAAAUUGAUUUGGGCCACCGAUUCGCUCCCUUGUGGUUCGUCCGUCAAACGCUCUAAUACAUGUAAGUGGGUCUUUAUUUUCAAAAGGAUCUUUCUAUCUCUGCUAUGACUUUCCGGCAAGCGUCACAUCUUCUCGAUGGGCAUCUCAUAGCUUCCACAAGUCACACGCAUUACUCUUCUUUUCAAUUCGGCGUGACUCCCCAUUAACAGUGGAAGGCGGGCUCUAUUAUGACAAUACAGUUCAUAUCAAAUAAAUUGCACAAGAAGGUUGUAGACAUGUCACAAACUGAAAUUGCGCUCCACUGUGCACCCACCACCGUAUUUAAACCGCAUGUAAUAAUGGCUUAAUCCUAAAUGAUAUUAAAUUUAGUAUGAGAAACAAGUAUUUGAUAUAGACGUACAUCAAGGGCCACCGAAGUUUCCCUAUAUAGUCUACUUUUCUCAUAAAUCAGAGGCGGUUAAACUUUAAUUUAACUUACAAAAAGCUUAACUCUAUAUAGUCUACAUUACUCUUAAAUGGGAGGCGAUUAUACUUUAAUUUAACUUACAAAGAUGUUUCAUUAUGCAUUUGAUCUUUUCCCCUUAAAUCAGUAUGCUAGAAUUUUAUUAAAAUAAAAAAUCUUGCUAAUAGGACAAGGUGCAUUAUUUAGCAACAAUUUUGGAAUUUAAUUUAACUUACAAAGAUGUUUCAUUAUGCAUUUGAUCUUUUCCCCUUAAAUCAGUAUGCUAGAAUUUUAUUAAAAUAAAAAAUCUUGCUAAUAGGGCAAGGCGCGUUAUUUAGCAACAAUUGUUCCAAAACAUAGAUAAGUCAAACAUUUAGUCAUAGUUUAUAAUUUUUUUAUGAUUAUUGUUUAUAUUAUUAUUCUGAAAAUAUAUUUAUUAAUAAAUCUUGAGUGAGUUGAUUAGAGUAUUUUUAUUUUAUUUUAAAAAAUUUAUUUAUAUUUUUCUUUUAUCUUGAUAUACAAUGUGAUUUAUUUAAAUGUAUCAAAAGAAGUAUAUCAAAGAGGUAUAUUGCUUCACAUUGAGAAAUUUCGAUUUGGUUCUUGUGGAGAUGAGAAUCAUCGCUCAACAAAAUUUGUGGAUCAAGUACAAUCUUCAAAAUUAUAUACUAGAUUUGGGAGGCCACAAUGUGAUGUCAGUUGAUUCCACAAUUCAAAAUCCUCUUUCUUCUCUUUGAUUCACUUCAAGUGUUUAAUGGUGUCGCCCCGUUCAUCUCUUUGCAAGUGGAUGUGCAAACCACAUCAAUGGUGUACUUGCAAUGCAUUCCCAUGGGAGUAAAUCUACAUUGUAGAUUUGAUUGAUUCAGUUCUUAUCUCCUCUAGAAAUUAUACAUUUUCUAUUCAAUUUUUGAAGCUGGCAGUUAAAUACCACAUCCAUUUGGAUUACCUAUCUGAAAUACUGUAGAAAUCAAAUGAGAGAGAAAUUGGGAGCACAUAGACAUUUGUUCUAUUCUCUUUGUUUGUCUCUUUUUAUCUAUCUCCUUCUCCCUCUCCCUCUCUCUCUAUAUCUUUCUCUAUCUUUCCCCCCUCCUCUUUAUUUCACCCUCUCUAUCUCUCUAUCUUUAUAAUUAUCUCUCCCUCUAUCUCUCUAUGUAUUUGUCUCCCUCUUCCUCUCUUGCUCUAUCUCUCUAUAUCUAUUUGCUUCUCUAUCUCUCCAUAUCCAUUCUUCCAUCUCUUUCUAUGUCUUUAUCUUGUUCUCUCCAUAUCUCUCUACCUCAAUAUAUCACUCACUAUCUCUAUAUAUUUAUUUCUUCUAUCUCUAUGUUUUCCUCUCUCCUCUCUCUCUUUAUCUCUCCCUCUCAUCUCUAUCUUAGUCUGUGUCACCAUCUCCAUCUCCAUCUCUAUCAUUCCAUUUAUCUUUGUCUCCUUACCCCUCUUGCUUUCUCUCUAUCUUGCACCCCCAAUCUCUCCCCCCUCCUAUCCCUAUCUCUCCCUCUCUCCCCAUUGCAAACAUAACAUGAGUUUGCUACUAAUGGAGCAUGAUUGUCUUCCCGAUUCAAAAGUUUUUAAUUAAUGUUUAGAUCCUUAUAAGUCGAUCCAUAACUGAUUUGAAGCUAUCAAUUCUCCAUUAACACCUUUGUUGCACAAAGAACAUACAAGCUGAUGGCCUAACAACUAAUCACAUGUAUUGUACAAAUGUAUGCAAAAAAUAGAGUAAUUUUUUUUUAUUCACCUUCUAGACCUCUCUCUACCUCUACAUAUUUCUUUUCCUCUUUCUAUCUCCUACCACCCUAUCUACCUCUAUCUUCCCUUAUCCUUGUUUAUCUCUAUACAUGUCUCCCCCUCUCCAUCUUCCUCUUCCUAUACUUAUAUAUUUAUAUUGCUUUUCCUCUUUAUCUCUCUCCAUAUGUCUUCUUCCAACACUCCCUCUCUCUCCACCUCAUUAUUUUCCAUCUCUCCACCUCUACAUCUUUCCCUCCCUAUAACUAUCUAUAUAUAUAUAUCGCUUCCUAUCUCUAUCUUUAUCUAUGUACCUCUCUCUCUCUCUCUCUCUCUCUCUCUCUCUCUCUCUCCCCCCCUCUCUCCCCCUCACCCACUCCACUCCUCUCCUCUCCAUCUCCAUAUCUAUCUUCCUCUCUAUCUCUAUCGACUUACCCCCACCUCUUGCUCUCCCCCCUCUACAUCUUCCUCUCUAUCUCUAUCUCCUUACCCCCACCUCUUGCUCUUCCCCCUCUACAUCUUCCUCUUUUUAUCCCUAUCUCUCCCUUUUUCUAUACUAGUCUCUCCUCUCUCUCCCCAUCUCUCCUUAUUGCAAAAAUAACACGAGCUUGUCGGUAAGGGAACCUAAUUAUCUUCUAUAUUCAAAGAUCGUACCAAUUGACCUCAUGUACUACACAAAUUUAUGCAAUAUAUAGACCAAAAUAUUUCAUAUUUGACCUUCCAUGAAUCUAUACCUCUUCGGUGUACCCAUUGCACACCAAGGUGCAAUUGCUAGUUAAAUAUUACAAUAUGGGAGACUCCUUUUCUAGUGAUGGCAUCAUAUUUUUUUGUAUCUUUGUUCUUAAAAUUCAAUCAUUUUCCAAUCCCUAUUAUGCUAUUUGUUUGUUCCAUUACAUCCUUAUAUGUGACCAUCUGGUUCGGUAGUGGUAUUUUGUUUCAUCUUUGUUUUGUAGAAUUGUGUCAAUGCAAUAUAAUUUUUUCGUUAAAUGAAAUUGUGUAGUGUUUUCUGUAUAUUCCGAUUGUUUAAGACAGUUCAGCUGUGUUAUUAUGCUUAGCAGUAGGUUUCUUUUUGAUCUCUUAAUGAUCUUAAUAUAUCUUUUCUAGUGUCUUACUAUUUUGGU